GUCAGCUCGAAACCCUAACUCUGAGAUUACGCACUCGUUUGAGCUUAUUGCAGCCGUCGGAAGAGAAAGCAGAGAAGCAAAUCAGCCAUGGGCAAAGUUCACGGUUCUUUAGCGCGUGCUGGUAAGGUGAGAGGACAGACACCGAAAGUAGCAAAGCAAGAUAAGAAGAAGAAACCCAGAGGACGUGCUCACAAGCGUCUUCAACACAAUCGCCGUUUCGUUACCGCCGUUGUUGGUUUCGGUAAGAAGAGAGGACCCAACUCUUCUGAGAAGUAGAAGCCCUUUCUGUGACCACCUUUCUGUUACAAGAUAGAUAUGCUGGAGCGAGACCUUUGUGUGAAAGGUUCUCUCAUUUGGCUAUUUUUGUAACCUUUCUUCUUUUGUUUUAGUCAACGUUUACUUUGGCACCAAACUUAUGUUUUAAUUCUAUGAAAUGAAAUACAACUUUUUUACAU